CAAGGAGUGAACUUUCUGUCUCUUGAGUGGUUAGUGCCAGGCUCUGCACGCUUUCGUGCAUUACGUUCUGAUGACCUAGUGUCUGAUUUCCACAUGAAUGUUUUCGAAAGAUCGCCCGGUCGAGUACUUCCACCAGAGAAAAGCACAUUGGUUGGAUUUAUUCCUCGCCGACAUGUUACGGAAAGUAUCCAUGUUUGCAGUUUACACGAAACUCAAGUAUGGAAGGAUAAUCCUGGGAAAAUGGAUAUUACUGUGUAUACUGACUCGGAUCCGAUUGACGGGUUUGUUAAUGAAACACUCAAGCUGAUUAUGGCUCUUUUUCAAAAGGCUGUGCCCAGCAAAUAUCCAGCGUACAAAAUCAAUAAGCUGGAACUCACAAGGAACUCAACUGAUGGGGACCUGAGUCGUGUGAUGAUUGAUCUAAAUUUGACCGUUGAUGGCCUGGACUACAUUGAAAGGUUUAGCGAAUAUAUUUUUGCUUAUCAUCAAAACAGCCGACUCGAAAUCUGUAGACCGUUAUUUUUUCAAUGGAAACGACCAGUUACUUUGACGUAUGCGUUCUUAACGGAUUGCUCAAGAAAUGACCAACCCUGGGGGUUAUAUUUUAUUGAAAACACAAUUGAACUACUACAGAGGUCAUUGGAAGUUAACAUGAUGGUCGUGAUAACUGCGUGCAACGAAGAGCAACGCCGAAAUUACGAAUCACGUCUUCGAUACUCGGACAUAGAUCGGAAUGCUGUCGUUUUAUUAGAAAAGGCGUACAUGAAAUCACAAUCGUUGAAGUAUGUGUUGUCAUUGGUGGAAAACGAUACCAUUGUUGUGGUCUGUGAUUCAACUGUUAGAAUGCCGGCAGGGUUUUCUGAAGAAAUUCGCAAGCACACGUUCAGGACAUUAAUGGCGUAUUCACCAGUACCAUUCCAACUUGAAUGUGGACACUUUCCCGAGAGUACGCCCCUGAAUGGGCACUGGUGCCCAGAGUGUGCUGGAGUGACAGCAAUGUAUAAAGAAGACUGGGAACAAAUAUUACCUGGGUCUUAUGACAAUGAAAAUGAGGAUAUCAUGGAAGACAAGGAAAAACUUCUGAGUCACAUUAAAAAGACUGAAAUGGAAAUAGCUCAAGUAAAAUUAAAACACCUUUAUAGAUUAUAACCACUGAUCAAUCAAGGUACUGGGUAUAACCAAAUAUUUUUUUAAUCCAGCCUCGUUCCAUGUGGUUGUCAGGGAAAUUAAAGAUUAUAAUCUUGUUUUGUGCCUUACUGACCUUUCGGAUCAAGAACAAAGCAACUUUCAAUCUCGCUAUUUACGGGAAAACAUGAUAAUCGGGUGAGAACUCAAUAGACUGUUCAAAAG